UAUUUUAAUGCUUCUUUAUUUUUAGAAAUAAAAAAAUAUAUAUUUUUUAGAAACAGUAGAUAUUACUAUGUUAAUGUAUUACGAAAUUACAAAUGAUGCAACUGGAAAAUGACCUGAAAAAUAUUGAAAAUGAUUUAUCUGUUUUUCUAAAAUCAAAGAAAGCAAAUUUGGUAAAAGAUCGACUUGAACUUCAAAAAAAAUCCCCUUUAUUGGAUAUUGCUUUUAAUUCACAAGAAUUUGAUAAAAGAUCGGCAAUAGUAAACAUGAGGGCUGACAGAAAUGAAGUCAAUAAACUACAGUCAAAAAGUGAAGGUUUAUCCUUGAAUUUUGGUGGAUAUGAAAACAAGCAAGAAAAAUUACGUGCAGAAAGACAAAAAGAAUACAGAGAUUUCCUAGCAGAGCAAAACUUAAGGACACGGGCAAGGAAUGAAAUUCAGGUUGAUGACAAUAGAAACCAGGUAGCAGAAAGAUAUGACAGACGAAAGGAAUACAGAUCUGAUAUUGAUAAAGAAUAUGACGAUUUUUUAAAGAGAAAGCAGAAAGAGGAAAAGGCGUACAGAGUUCAAUUUAGUGACCUUGAAGCGACCAAUCAGACCUCGAAAAAGAAAGUUAUUGAAUUCGACAGUGACGAAGAAGAACUCUUUAAGUUUGUAACACGUGCUAAGCAGAAGAGACAACAAAGUGCAGAUGCAGCGCCACGAAAACAUGAAUCAUCGAUCUUAAAAGAUUUAUCUCUAAAAGAGCGUUCCAACUCUGUGCCACCUGAGCUGCCAGCAGUGUUUGGCGGUUCGAGCCGAACCUCUUUAGUAAAGGAACGCAAUAAAAAAUAUCAAAAAGAACUUGAAGAACAGAUAAAAGAGAGGGAGCUUUUGAAAGCCAAAGAGAAGUUAAAAAGACUGGGGAGAGUAACUUCAGAUAUCGACAUUACCGAAAUCGAGAUUACAAAAGAUAAAAAAUAUAGUCUUCCGGUUAAAAAGAUGAUCAACGAAAGAUCUGACAAAGCUGACCAACCAUCACAAUCAACAAACUAUCCUCCUACGCAAAAUGUGCCCCCUCUGAACCCGUAUACAAUGUUUAUGAAUCCUAAUCCUUACCCUACAAACCCAAUGCUUACUCCUAUGAUGACUAAUAUGCCACAAUUUGGAUGGAAUAAUUACGGUGCUAUGGGUGGGGCAGGUAUGAACGGGAAUGGAAUGAUGGGGUUCUUUCCACAACCAGGACAAGUUGAUGCGUAUAAACAAGACCAGGAAAAGUUUUUAGCACCAACUCAUAUCACAGGUGAAAAACCAACAGAUGCCGUUAAUAUUCCUAAACGUCCAAACGUUCAACCACCAGGAGGUGUGUCAGUGGGAAUGUUUGGUCAGUCAACAGGGCCUAGCGAUUUGUCACUGAAAAAAGCGAAACAGCAGGAGUAUCAAGAGGAGUUGAAAAGACAAAUGGAAGAAAAGCGACAAAAAGCUGAUCAAGAGAAAGCCGCACUGGAAAGGUACGAAAGAAAGAUGGAAGAAGAAAUUGCAACGUACAAUCCUUGGGGUAAAGGCGGUGGUGGUGCCCCAAUGAGGACGCAAGAUGGAAAGAUAAUGGCUGAUCUGCGAAAGCUUCGUAACCCUAACGAUGUUACACAAACACAUGAUCAUGCGGGCGUUAAUUCGGGCGUUGUCGCUCCCAACCUUGAAAAUGAUGGUUUUGAAAUAAGUCCUUUGAUGAAAGCGUUGGAAGCCUCUCAGAGUAAUUACCAACCUGGGAUUAGUGGUCUCAGCAACAAUGGUAACGUGAAUGGCAUCCUCAACAACAGUGGUAACAUGGGUGGUAAUCUCAACAACAGUGGUAAUAUGAGUGGCAAUCUUAACAACAGUGGUAAUCUCAACAAUAAAUUUUCACCUUCUUAUGCAAGAGGAGCUGCACUAAAAGAACUGCAGGGUGUAAACAAGAGUCCCAGAGACAAACUUGAAAUAAACGAAUAUAAAAGUUUCUUGCAGCAACAGAUUGAUGAAAAGAAGAGGAAAGAAGAGGAAUUGAAAGAGCAGGCUCGUUUAGAGGAAGAGAAGGAGAAUCGAAGAAUUGCGGAGCAACAAAGAAAAAUACAAGAAGAGUAUGAAAUAGAAAAAGAAAAACAGCGCAAGAAAGAAGAAGAGAUUCGCGAGCAAAAUGACCAGCUCAGGCUACUGGCAGAACGAAAAAAGUAUGAAAAGGAAAAGGAGAAGAAAGAAAUUGCGGAAGAAUAUGAUAAACAAGUACAAAAAGAAGCUGAGAUAAAACUGACGAGUAGAAACGAAGAAUAUUCUCCACAAAUAUUUCAACAAGAAAGAUCGAAUUCUCCUCCCGUACCAGCGAUAGCCAAGGGAAAGAAUAAACGGCAUCGUGUAAAGAAAUCUGGUACUUCAAGAAAAAAACAAGAUAUGAACCAAGAGGGAAUGGAAUAUCUUCAAGCCGUACGAACUAGUCUGGAACAUGAGAAACAAGGUGAUAUUAAUCGAGCUAACAUGGAGCAGCAGAAACAUCUCAUUCGUCAGCUAUCAGCUUUACGAAACCAGUUGCAGAAACAAGAGGUGAAAAUCGAAACUGAGUUGAAGAAAAAUCAGGUCAAAUAUUCUGAGCUUGCCACAAAUAACCAGGAAAAGAGUUAUCACUCAAAACCACAUACCAAGGAUGUAUUUGAGAAACUGGUGAACAAAAGUCCUGGAAGAGAAAAAAAAGUUGAAAUUGACAGGUUGAAAUUAGAAGAUAUAUCACCAGACUACUCUUCUGACUCUGAUCACAAAACAUUUGAUGCUCAACAGCGGGAAUACAUGAGACAACAAGAGAUGCGUUUGAAAGCGUUGAGAAAAAACGUGGAAGAAAAAUGUCCUCAAACCAGACCAGAACUUCAGACCGCCGAAAGCAAAAGAUCGUUACUUGAUUCCGACAGCAAAUUUAUAUCAAUGCAUAGCAACGCCGUCGUCGUGCCGCACGAUGACAACCGUCAUAUCGAUGCACGUGCUAGGAGAAGGAUGAAGGAAAAGAAUUAUAGCGAUGUUACACAGGAUUAUUUCGGUACACAGCCCAAUGAUGACACGUCAUCGAUUCGUACAUUUCAAGUUGAGGAUUUAGCUCGAAAAAACGAAAAAAGAUUGCAGAAGCUUCGUGCGAAAAAAGAAGACGACGAGGACGAGGAUGCUGACCAUAUUAUUCGUAACUUUAUGCGCAACGAAAGACAUGAGCGUGAUCCUAGUGAAGUCAGUUUAACUGCCGAUACAUAUUUCACUGGCUUUAAAUGAUAUAUUUCUCACUGUAUUGACAAUGAGAGACUCUCAGAAUAUAAAAAUACCACAAGGCGGAAUCUCGGUCAACCGGAGGUCCCGGGUUUUCCAUUUAUUUUGCAGAAUGCUCUACUAUUUCAAAACGAGUCAGGACGGUAAUGAAGAGAUCAAAGUAUUGAAUGAAUAAUAAUUAUCGCGUAUAAGAACUUUUUAUAAUUCAAAAAAUAAAAUAAAUUGUAUUAUAUCAUGUACAUUAAGCUGUUGUAAAGAAAUUUAUUUACAAAAUGUUGUAUUUGAGAUAUCUUAAUAAAAUGUAUUUAACGAAAUAUUCCACGCUUAAGUGGUAAUCGCGUAAGGGAAAAGUUUGAGAUUUUAACGCAUCCACUGACAAGUCUCCGUCAUAUUAACCAGAAAAAUAGACUGCUAAUGGUCUGCUAACUGUAUUCAAUUUGAAGACUUUUGACCUUUUUCUCAUUUAAUUUUUUUUA